ACUCUGCGCGCCGGCGGGGCUGCGCAGGACGAGCGCUCCGCCCGUCACCAGGCUGGAGCCCGCGCGGCAACACCUGUUCGCGGCCGCAGGGCGCACGCGAUCUGUGGACACCGCUCCCUCGCUCGCCGCUGGCCGUCCGCGCUGAACCAAUGGACCUCCGCCGAGCCGCCGCACGAUUCGGGAUCCCAGCUUUGGACGCUUAAAGUUUUCUUUUUGUUUUAUUAUUUUAUUAUUGAUUUUUUUGGAGGGGGGAUCGGGAGGGGAGAGUCUUCGGCGCUACCAACGUGAGAUUUUUUUUUCCCUCCUGGAAGGAUUCCUGCUGAUGUCUGCAGAGUCGGUUAGAAUAAAAACGGCGCAUGCCUUCCCCGGAGUCAGGACCCGUGGAUUCUGACGUAGCCGGUGCAUCUUAAAAUCCUAUAAUAACGCCUAGGCAUUGAAGUUGCUACGGUCAUUCCGAUCUGGAACCAAAUGGAGAAACUACGAAAUUACCCCAGUAUGACCAUCGGCUGGGAUGCAGACCUUCCUGCCUGCUAGGAGCCGGGGCUCUACCCAGAGAGAUACAUAGAUGUGUUUAUCAGUGUGUCGGUGUGUGAGUAUACAGCGCUGGUUUCUUAGGCUAUUAGUGGUUUGACCUUGAACCUGUGCCAGUGAAACGGCAGAUUACUUUUAUUUAUGCAUUUCAUGGAUUGAAGAAAAGAACGUGUUGUUUUUCCCCCCGUCUCUGCAACCGCAGUACGGGAGGGGAGUUGGAUAUACCUCGCCUAAGAUUUCCCGGGUUGGCACCAUCAUUAUUGUUUAUCCCUGUGCUCCAACAGCCCAGCCUUCUGAUGGCUCCCUUAGGUGAAGUUGGGAACUAUUUCGGUGUGCAGGAUGCAGUGCCGUUUGGGAAUGUGCCCGUGUUGCCGGUGGACAGCCCGGUUUUGCUAAGUGACCACCUGGGUCAGUCCGAAGCAGGGGGGCUUCCCCGGGGACCGGCAGUCACGGACUUGGAUCAUUUAAAGGGGAUUCUCAGGCGGAGGCAGCUCUACUGCAGGACUGGAUUUCACUUGGAAAUCUUCCCCAAUGGUACUAUCCAGGGAACCAGGAAAGACCACAGCCGAUUCGGCAUUCUGGAAUUUAUCAGUAUAGCCGUGGGCCUUGUCAGCAUUCGAGGCGUGGACAGUGGACUCUACCUCGGCAUGAAUGAGAAGGGGGAGCUGUACGGAUCAGAAAAACUAACCCAAGAGUGUGUAUUCAGAGAACAGUUCGAAGAAAACUGGUAUAACACAUACUCUUCGAAUCUCUAUAAACAUGUGGACACUGGAAGGAGAUACUAUGUUGCAUUAAAUAAAGAUGGGACCCCAAGAGAAGGAACGAGGACUAAACGGCACCAGAAAUUCACACAUUUUUUACCAAGACCAGUGGACCCUGACAAAGUACCCGAACUAUAUAAGGAUAUUCUCAGCCAAAGUUGACAAAGACCAUUUCUUCACUUGAGCCCUUAAAAAAGUAACCACUAUAAAGGUUCCGUGCAGUGGGUUCUUAUUGAUUAGCUGUGUCAUCACAUCUGCUCCACUGUUGCCAAAUUUUGUCGCAUGCAUAACAUAGGAUGGAGGCUUGGAUGGGGACUUGCUGAUUUUGUGUUGCACUUACAGACCUUUCCUCCUGGAGGCCUGCCUGUGCCCACUUGAUUUAUUGUGAGGAAAGAAGAGUGUGUGUGUGUGUGUGCACGCGUGUGUGCAUGCCUGUGUGUGUGUGUGUGUGUGAGAGAGAGAGAGAAUGAGAGAGGGAAAGAGAGAGAGUGAGUGAGUGGAUGAGCAGCAGGGUGUCAAAGACAGGAGCAAAAUAGAGGACUGUGGCCUGAUGCAUGCUGGGGAAUAGACACACUUUCACAUGUCCAAUCAGUUGUCCUUCAGCUGGUAUCAGCACAGCUGCCACACUUCAACUCAUGAGAUCUUGGCUGGUGGUCUGCACAAGGGUACACUGCAUUUUCAAAGGCUUGGAGGGUGCAGUCUCACUUAAGAGACCUUUUCAGUUAAUUCUCACUGGUGCCAUCCCAGUGAAUUUAAAGCAAAGACCUCUUAGUAAAAAAAAA